AUAAUGGUCAUUUGUUAAUAAAGAGAAUAUCGAAACCAAGGGUAAAGGAAUUCAUAAUGAAGCUUGGACCGUGUAUCAACGGUUAACCCGCGGUAGAAGGUUCCAUUGGAACAAUUAUUUAUUUCAGGGUACCUCGUCUCUUUUUUUUAGAGGAAGUGUGGGGAUAAAUGACAAGAAGAUAUUGGAACAUCCAUUUGGAAGAGAUGAUGGAAGCGGGGGUUCAUUUUGGUCAUGGUACUAGGAAAUGGAAUCCUAGAAUGGCACCUUACAUCUCUGCAAAGCGUAAAGGUAUUCAUAUUACAAAUCUUACGAGAACUGCUCGUUUUUAUCAGAAGCCUGUGAUUUAGUUUUUGACGCAGCAAGUAGAGGAAAACACUUCCUAAUAGUUGGUACGAAAGAUAAGGCAGCUGAUUCGGUAGCAUCAGCUGCAAUAAGGGCUCGGUGUCAUUAUGUCAAUAAAAAAUGGCUCGGUGGUAUGUCAACGAAUUGGUCCACUACGGAAACGAGGCUUCAGAAGUUCAGGGACUUGAGAGUGAGAGCCGAGAUGGGGCAACUCAGUCGUCUCCCGAAACGGGAUGCAGCAAUAUUGAAGAGACAAUUAUCUCACUUUCAAACAUAUCUGGGCGGUAUCAAAUAUAUGACGGGGUUACCCGAUAUUGUAAUCAUCAUUGAUCAGCAAGAAGAAUAUACGGCCCUUCGAGAAUGCGUCACUUUGGGUAUUCCAACUAUUUGUUUAAUCGAUACAAAUUGUGAUCCAGAUCUCGCAGAUAUUCCGAUUCCAGCCAACGAUGACGCUAUAGCUUCCAUCCGAUUGAUUCUUAACAAAUUAGUAUCCGCAAUUUGUCAGGGACGUUCUAGCUAUAUAAGAAGUCGUUGAUUAAUAAUAAGAUAAGUCAAUUACUUCGCUUCGGGAAACCCAGAGAUUCAUUGAAUCGGUUAUUCUUACUAUUCCUGAAUGUGAAAAAGGAGAUUUUCAUUGCCGGGGAUAUAUUACGUGAUUAAUUCAUUAAUUAAUAUCUGAAAUAUAUGGUUAAGUUAAAUUAGUAUAAAUGGUUGAAUCAAAAUAAUUCCUUCUUAAGUUCCAUUUCUGUCAGAGGGUAAUAUGAAUGUUCUACCAUGUUCCAUCAACGCACUAAAGGGGUUAUACGAGAUAUCCGGCGUGGAAGUAGGCCAACAUUUCUAUUGGCAAAUAGGGGGUUUCCAAGUGCAUGCCCAAGUACUUAUAACUUCCUGGGUCGUAAUUGCUAUCUUAUUAGGUUCAGCCGCUAUAGCCGUUCGGAAUCCACAAACUAUCCCGACCGACGGUCAGAAUUUUUUCGAAUAUGUUCUUGAAUUCAUUCGAGACGUGAGCAAAACUCAAAUUGGAGAAGAAGAAUAUGGUCCUUGGGUUCCUUUUAUUGGAACUCUGUUCCUAUUUAUUUUUGUUUCUAACUGGUCAGGUGCUCUUUUACCUUGGAGAAUCAUACAGUUACCUCAUGGGGAGUUAGCUGCACCCACGAAUGAUAUAAAUACUACUGUUGCUUUAGCUUUACCCACGUCAGUGGCAUAUUUCUAUGCAGGCCUUACUAAAAAGGGAUUGGGUUAUUUCGGUAAAUAUAUUCAACCAACUCCAAUACUUUUACCAAUUAAUGUCUUAGAAGAUUUCACAAAACCUUUAUCACUUAGUUUUCGACUUUUCGGGAAUAUAUUGGCCGAUGAAUUAGUAGUUGUUGUUCUUGUUUCUUUAGUACCUUUAGUGAUUCCUAUACCUGUGAUGUUCCUCGGAUUAUUCACAAGCGGUAUUCAAGCUCUCAUUUUUGCAACCUUAGCCGCGGCUUAUAUAGGUGAAUCCAUGGAAGGUCAUCAUUGAGUACAAAUAAGAAAUAAGAAAAUAAUGCUUUGUUUGAAUUUCAAAGUUCAAACAGUCGCUUUUUCUUUUUUCAUUUCAAUCAAUUCAAAAUUAAGCCCAUGAAUCUUAUUCCAAUAAAUAAUUCAUGGGUAGCUCAAGAUACCCGCUUGAGGAAAUGAUUGAUAUAUCAAUCUAUAUUUAUGAUAUGUAUGAUAUAGAGUAGGAACAGAUAUAUAUGUACGAUAUUAAUAUUUAUUAUAUUACGUAUUACACUACGGAAUUGUAAAAAAAAGGGGGAGAUUCCCAAUUUUUCCUAAGAUCCCCCUUUUUUCCUAUUCAUGUCAUACAUCGCCUUUAUUUGCCCAGUCAAUUACGAAGAUUCAUAAUUUGGAUAAUAAAUAAUUGUUAUCCGUUUGGGACGCGCGACGAAACAACAAGAACUAUGUUCUGCGGAACCGUUGCUAUUUCAUUCCAUUCUAUUCAACAAUUGACCAAAAUUGGAAUUAAGAGGAGUUGGAUCAAUCAAUCAAAUCUUGAUAUGGGAUGAUUCGCUUUGAUGAAUCUCUUCGUUUGUAUCCAUGUGAGAUAAUGACAAAGACAAGAAAGAGUUCACGAAUCAGAUGAAAAAUUCAGUAGGUUAGGUGGGCCGAGCUACAUUACAUAUUAUAUGUGAACUCCGGUGUAUGCUUAGAAGGAUGAUUCCAGGGUCCGAUCCGAUUCAAUAGAAAUAAGAUGGCGAUGGUUUACAUUAUGGAAGAAAACAUGUAUAUGUGAUAGUAGAUAUUCAUAUAUAUGGACUACCCAUCUAUAUUAUUUCAUUCCCCAUCAACUUUCUAUUAUAUAGAUAUAGAUUCCACUUUAAUAGAUAUAGAUUCCACUUUAUUUAUAUGGAUUACGAUAUAUAAGCUCUUCCCUUUUUCGUCUGUGACUUUAUUGUAUAUGUGGAUUGAAUAUGAAGUUAAGCCUAUGAAUGCAUAUAGAGAAGAUGAAGGAGGGAGGAAUUGAAAGAGUGGGUUCGGAACAAAGAAAUAGAAGAACUAAUAUGGAUUUUCAAAGACUUGGAUAGUGAAUAAAACGAGAUAUUGAAGUAGUUCUGAUGAUUCAGUAAUAUCAAAUAUCAUCACAUCACUUCUUAACUCAAAUUGGGUUCGGAGUUCUUAGUUUAGUUGUAUGGAUCUUAGUGAUGGAAUAUGAAAUAAUAAGUAAUGUAACUAAUUAAUAUA